AUGCUGAGGUUGGCGGGUGACCCUCAGAAAACAGGAGGUGAAGUGGUAACCAUGUGGAUCCCGACCCCCAGCAUGACUCUCCCUCAGCGGAUGGUGCUGUAUGGGACGUGCGCCGUGGCGUUGAUGAACUCCGUGGGCCUCCUGGUGCUCUUGGUCCAGCAGAAUCAGCAACGUUCCUGGCUGGAGCAGACAGAGGCAAGGCUGACGGAGGUGGAGCAGAGCUCGGUGGUGGAGUUUCUCCAGGAGGUGCCGAGAGGGGCGGCGGGGAUGCAGGCGGAACUUCCUCAGUACCAGUACCAAUACCAGUACUCCAGGAAUAAGAGAAGCGAGGAGCUGGAGAAGGAGCUGCAGAGGGAGCUUCACCAGGAGGAGGGACAGGUGGUCCAUCAGCAGGAGGUGAGCCAGGAGGUGGGAGAGGAGGCGGAGAAGAAGACGCAGCACGAGCCGAAGCACAAGCACCGGCACAGCCAGAGUUACCACAAGGCCCACGUGCAGGAUGACAUGAUGAUGAUGAUGACCUACUCCAUGGUCCCGAUCAAAUUAUUGAUCGACAUCUGCAGCAGCACCAAGGGAGUCUGCAUCGCCGGACCCCCGGGACCGCCUGGUUUGCCUGGUGCGGACGGUGCGCCCGGCCACAAUGGGACUGAUGGCACCGCGGGGCUGAAUGGACUGCCCGGGGCUGAUGGGAAAAGAGGAAAGAAAGGUGACAAAGGAGACGCGGGUGAAAAAGGAGAGCGAGGAGAGCCCGGUCCGCCGGGAGAGAAGGGGCAACCAUCCAAUGAUGUCAUCAUCGAGGGCAAGCCAGGUCCUCCUGGUCCUCCUGGUCCUCCAGGACCUCCUGGGCCUCCUGGGCCUCAGGGGCCUCCCAGAACAAGGCACCACAGAGCCAACCUUCAGGCUGCACAGACCCUGGGGCUGUUGCACGCGAUUCCAAACGAUGAGACCUCAUCAGCAAAGGAGGCGGCGAAGCUCCACGAGAAGCCUGCUAAGAAGAACGAGUGCAUCAUUAAGUCUCUGAUCAACCCCAGGAAUGUGACAAAGAUGGAGUCCACGUUUGGCACGUGGAUGAAAGACACCGCUCGGCUGAACGACGAGCGAAUAUGGGUGGCAGAACACUUUUCCGGUCGGGUGGUGAAGGAGUACAAAAGCAUCGCCUCCUUCCAGAACAGCAGCAGCAACGUUGUGGACGUCAGAAAGUUCUACCAAGGCUGCGGCCACGCUGUUCACAACGGUUCCUUCUAUUACCACAUCGCCGGCACCUCCAGCAUCGCCAGGUUCGACUUUCAAACCGAGAAGCUUCGCACUCUCACCGUGGACAACGCUCUGCACCACAAUCUCGCCUACCUGCUCCACAACUCCAAGACCUACUUCAAACUGGCGGCAGACGAGAACGGCUUGUGGCUGAUCUUUGCCUCCAGCGUGGAUGAGAGCAUCACGGUGGCCCAGCUGGACCAGAAGACCUUCUCCGUCACGUCCUACAUAAACACCACCUAUCCCCGCACCAAGGCCGGCAACGCCUUCAUCGCCUGCGGCGUCCUGUACGUCACCGACACCAAGGACACCAGAGUCACCUUCGCUUUCGACCUGCUGAAGGGAAAGCCGGUCAACGUGACCUUUGACCUGAGGUCUCCGGGCGGAGUGCUGGCAAUGCUCGCCUACAGCCCGAAGGACAGACACCUGUAUGUGUGGGACCAGGGCUACGUCAGGCUCUACGUGGUCCACUUCAUCUCUGACGAGUGA